AUGAGCACGCUGUGGAUGGGAAACCUGGAGCCCUAUAUGGAUGAGAAGUUCAUCAUCAGAGGGUUUGCCACAAUGGGGGAGACGGUGCUCAACGUGCGCAUCAUCCGCCACAAGAUGACUGGACAGAAGCCCACUCGGCUCUGCCGGCUGAAGAGGACGCCAUCUUUGGCUGUGGACAAACGCUUUUUGAUCUCGAGUCACACGUACCAAUCUUAA